AUGGGCUGUGGAACUUCCAAAAAGUCCUUCAAAGAUGUUAGUCCAACCAAAGUUGUCCAAAAAGAGGUAAAACUUUCAAAUAAUGUUGCCUCCGCUACUCCUUCUUCAAAAAAUCAAGAGCAGCAAAUAUCGUCUCAAAAAAAGCCUGAAAUCUCUAAACCUCAGCAGCCUCAAUCAAAAAAUCCUUCAUCCGCUCAAAAGUCAGCGAAAGAAGAGAAAUCUCUUGAGCCAGCCAAAAAAGCUGCUGCAUCUCCUGUCCCAGCGGAAAACUCAAAGAAAUUACUAAAUUCACAUGAGGUUCCACAAAAGGGUCAUGGAGAAACCAGCAUAGACGGCCAUCUCUCAGAAGGCAUCAGAUCCAAUAAGGCGAAUUUAAAUAAUACUUACGAAGCUCUAAAAGACAGAUCUCCUCAGCCUUGUACUUUAGGAGAUGCUCAAGGCGUAGCGAUGGCAUUUUAUGAGCCAGGUACUACGCUAUCACCUCUUCCAUUUCGCCACCCUGAACUUCUUGAUAGAGAAAUUCGAAUUAAUGUGACUCAUGUAGGCUGUUGCCAAGGUGAUGUGCUUUGGGGAACCCAAGCUUUCUUUCCUGGCGUCCAUUACCCUCUUGUUCCUGGUCACGAAAUUGUUGGAAUUAUUGAUAAAGUUGGAGAAAAAGUGACUAAAUACCAAUUUUUAAUAUUUUGAUUUUUUGGUUACCCCUUUAAAUUUUAUAAAUUUUUGAUUUAUUCUUUAUUGAAUUUUUUUUUUUUUUUUAAAUUUUAGAGGAUCUCUAUUUUUUAGAUUAUUGAGUUUUUAAGCCUAGAUUAAUAACUAAAUCACUUCGAAUGGUUGAUUCCGUAGCUUUCUGUCGUCUCAAAGCCUCUGAAAACAAUUUCAUUAGGCAUAUUUCCCAAGCUUUUAAUAACUAUUAUAUUUUUAUAUAUAUAUAAAAAUUUGCAUGAUAUGAAAAUCGUUCGAUCAAGGAUGGGGGUUAAUUUUCCCAAUUUUUAGGAAUUUUUACAGUCAAUCGUUCGAUCAAGGAUGGGGGGAGUAAAUACCACAAACCUGGCGACAAGGUAGGCUUUGGAGUAUGGCGAGACUGUUGUGAGCAAUACGAUUCUUGCUUGCACUGCCGCACUGGAAACGAAAAUUCUUGCUCAAAACGAGUAGGUACUUAUGACCCUCACUUUGGAGGAUAUGCGACGUCAUUCCAAGCGAAAGGAAACUUUUUCUAUAAGCUUGAUGACAGUUUUCCAGGAGAGGCAGCACCUUUAUUCUGUGCAGGCAUGACUGUAUUUCCGCCACUCCAAAAAGAUGUCGUUGGUGGGAUGAAAGUGGGUGUUGUUGGAAUCGGAGGACUUGGACAUCUAGCUUUAAAAUUUGCAAGAGCAAUGGGUACUGAAGUUACAGCUAUUUCUACGAGUUCGAGUAAAGAAACUGAUGCAAAGGAGUUUGGCGCACAUCAUUUUAUUAACUUAAAAGAUGAAAAACAGGUGAAAAACGGGAUCGGUAGCUUAGACUAUAUUAUUAAUACAGCUACAAGCUAUGAUAUCGGCCAGUGCUGCUCGUUAUUAAAGCCAAGAGGCACCCUUAAUCUUUGCGGAGCUCCAACUGCAGGAGAAAAUUUGAAUUUCAAUUUGCUUCAAAUUCUCAUUAACCAGCAAAGAAUUCAGGCAAGUCUUGUAGGAUCAAGACUGGAUGGAGAAGCAAUGCUUGACUUCGUAAGGAUCAAAAAUAUUUAUCCGACAGUCGAAGUUUAUAAGUUUGCGGACGUCCAAAAUGCCAUUAACUCUUUAGCAUUUGGCAACCCUCAUUAUCCUAAUUAUAGGGCCGUUCUUGAGAUGGGAAGCUUUAUGAAAACUUUCACCCCGGCUAACUAA